AUGAAGAGAAUACGACCCUCACGAUGGAGCGGCCAAUUGCUCCAGGCCCGCCGCGGCCCCGGCAUCCCAGCCGCUAGGACGCCUCUCUGCCUCGCCAUCAGAUGCCAAUCGACCUCCUCCGUCCCCGCGAGCGACUCCUCCUCCUCCAACAACCUCGACUCUUCUUCCGUCCCUCCUCCUCCUCCUCUGCCCGACCGGGCCCCCCAAUCCGCCAAGCUCGCCGCCCUCCACGCCCGCCUCUCCCUCUCGAAGAAGAUCCCGCUGCAGACCCUCGCGCGGGCCCUGGUCACGCCCUCCGCGGACGCGAACCCAAACUUCAACAAUGCGAACCUGGCCUACCUGGGGAGCACAAUCAUCAACUUCCACGUCUACGAGUACCUCGUCUGCAAGUGGCCCCGCCUGCCCAUGGCCAUCCUGUACGAGGCGCUGAGGGCCUACGCCGGCGCCGAGUCGCUGCAGCAGAUCGCCAGGAGAUGGGGCGUCGAGGCGGCCGCCGCGCCCGGGGAGGAGGUCGACCCGGGACUGCUGCAGUGGAAGGCCGGCGAGGGCCAUGGCGUCAACACCCGCUGGGGGUACAUCCGCUCCGAGGCCGCCAAGGGAAAGGCCUGGAGGCGAGGGCUGAGCAGCCGCGUCGUCUUGGACAGUGACUUUGGCGACCAGGUCAGCAGCUCCGCCGACCCCGAGCGGCUAGAGUACAACACCCUGCAGGCCGAGGCCUUUGGCUCCGUCGUCCAGGCCGUCAUUGGCGCCAUCUACACCCACUGCGGCCGCGACGAGGCCAAGGCGUUCGUCAAGUCGCACAUCCUGUCGCGGGAGCUCGACCCCUCGAAGCUCUUCCAGUUCAAGCUGCCCACCCGCGAGCUGGCCAUGCUGUGCGCCCGCGAGGGCUUCGAGCCCCCCAUCGCGCGCCUGGAGAGCGAGACGGGCCGGCUGUCCCGCACGCCCGUCUACGUGGUCGGCAUCUACAGCGGCAAGGAGAAGCUGGGAGAGGGCGCCGGCGCCAGCCUGGACGUCGCCCGCCGGAAGGCGUCCAUGGCGUCGCUCAAGGCGUGGUACCUGUACAGCCCGGGGAACAAGGUGCGGGUGCCCAGUGACAUGUUGGAGCAGGGCGCCAGGCCAUGGACGGCGCCGCACAUUGAUAUCGGUGAAAUCAUCUAA